AUGGGUCUAAAACGUGGCUUUCUUAAUACCGAAAAAGGCCGGGCGUCUUUGAGUCUAGAGGAUCCUCCCGUGAAUGAGGCGGCUAAAGUGAACCACCUCAAGGCUGAGCUCAGCUCCGAAGGGAAGGCCCCCGCCACAGCCGCCAAUGAUGCUGUGGCGCCACAAGUCGCCGCGACCUCUAGUGUCGAGCCCAAGAGCGACUCGACGCUCAAGACAGAUGCUGGGUACUCGAACUGCACUUGCGGCAAAGGCGCAACCAAGAGUAAAGAGACCCCGCUCGAUCUCCACGUCGCUCCUGGCGGCCUCGGCCAAGACCGCGACCGCAACCGCUUCAUCUUUCGCGUCUGGCCUCGGGCUUUAGAUGGAGAGGUUAUCCGUGGUGAUCACGCAGAGCACGGCAAGAUGACCUCGAACGGAUGUCAGAUCUGGGGCGAUACGUUAUACGAUCUCUUCAUGACCACUCGUAUACCUGGACGCCACAACCUUCGCACAUUCACGUCUGGAAGCUUGAUGCGCGCACACAUGCUCAAGUUCGGAGAACUGCAUGCUGCGGCAGACGAGCUGGACUGGGCGGCCAGCGAGCCAGAGCCGAAGCAGCUACAGCCGUUCGAUAUCGGGAAGCUCAUACGCGACGCGGAUAACCGGACCGGAGGGAGAUACCAUAUGGACUCCAUGCUCAACUCUCUACUUCCCACACUUCAGUCCCGCUUGCCUUUCCAUCUGCUACCGGAGAAGCUCAUCGUGCAUGACCCGUGGAACACGCUCUCCAUCAGCAAGACGCAUCGCGACUCCAACACGGCCUGGUCCGAGAAGGACGACAUCGUGCACGCGUACAAACUUUCGCUGUCUCCCGAAGGCAAGGUGAAGGUCAAAGAGGAUCGUGAAGCGGCGCAGAAGGUUGAGGCCGAGCGCGUAGAGAAGGAGAAGGACGAAUGGCGCGUACUCAACCCCUCACGUACGUCCGACGGGACGAUGUCCAACAACUACGCCAUCCACGCUAAGGUCCCGUCCCGCCUCCCAAAGCCGAAGAGCAUACCCGAAGCGCACCUCUAUAUCCGUCGCGUCGAUCGUGCGGGCACCGGAAACCACUCGGUCGUAUACACUGCGCAACUUGAGCUGCCUCGGUGGGCACUCGCCGACGACGUUCUGUGCGAGAGGUGUUGGGGAGCGGCGUUUGAGAAGGAGAUGGACGAACGCGUCGCCGCUGGCACCCUCCUCUCCGACGAAGAGAAGGCCAAGACUCCCGAGCUGAAAGUCGUCACGAAGAUCGUGAACCCACGCGCGGAGGUUGUGCUAGUCGAGGAAGAGGCGCACGGGAAGGAUUGCCGCGAAGCGCGCAACGGGCCGAGCGAUAUCAAGUACGAUCGUGGCUACUGCAUGGAGCGCGUCACAGAGCAGCUCCAGACGGCAGAGUUCAGCGGCCCAACGGCGUACAUCUACCCCAAGAUCGAAUGGCAACGACCUGGCGUCACACCGCCAUGCGAGCACCUGCGCAUUCUUGGCUCGAAGGACGAAGAGAUUCCAGCCACGGCGCGCGUCCGCGUGUGCGCGAAGAUGAGCAUUCAGCACGAUGCGCACCUAAAACGCGAGGCCGUGAACUAUCAGAAGUUCCCGGACUGGUUCUUCGAGCAUUGGAGCGGGUACAACGUCGUUCGUCCGUUACACGACCCGACGCCGUGCGGGGCCAUUGUUCCUCAGUUCUACGGGUACUACGUUCCGGAGAAGCCUGCGCACGGAAAGGACGACUACCUUAGUCCUCUGCUCUUGCUCGAGCACUGCGGGAAGGAGAUUGAGGUGGACGAGCUCAGUCAGGACGAGCGUAACGAGGCUGCUGCGCUGUACUUUCAUUUCCUCGAUGGCGGAUGGACGCAGGGGAGUAUCGCGCCGCGCAACAUCUUGUGCCAGCCCGGGCCGAACACGGCUAGCCCUCUGGAACGCAUGGCGAGGAGGCCAAGGCAGAGGUGCUUCAGGCUCAUCGAUUUCGGGAGAGCACUCGAAUUGAGUGGGGAGGGCAGUAGAUACUGUUUGGAUAAGGACGAAGUGUUCAGAUUGUUCAAGUUGGCACAUUAUGCGGAGUAA